AUGGCUGGUAUUGACUACAACCUCUCCUUCGACAAGUUGUUGCUCUUUGGUGAUUCAAUCACUGAAUUUUGCUACAACAUCAAUCCCAUCUCCUCCAAAACCCCAAGCUACUCGUUUGCAUUGGGCCCAGCUUUGCAAGAGACCUACAAAAGAAAGCUAGAUGUCGUCCAGAGAGGUUUCGCUGGGUACAACACUCGCCAUGCCAAACAACUAUUGCCCAAAAUCUUGGACAUCGAACAUGCUUCCAACAAAAGCUCCAAGGUCUCCUUGAUUGUCCUUUAUUUUGGUUCCAACGACGCUGCAGUAAAUGGGCCCCAGAAGGUUCCUCUUGAUGAGUUUCUUUGCAACAUGGAGCUGAUGAUCAAUCAGAUCAUCUCGAAGAAUAUCAGCUUGAUCGUUCUUGGACCUGCAGUUCAUGAUGCUGAAACAUGGAAUCCUGCUCACUCAGAUGACGUUAAACUGGGCAAUUUCAGAACAAACGAAAACAACAAAUUUUACUGCGAUGAGCUAGCUAAACUCUGCUUCAAAAUAAACAUUCCUUAUAUUCAUUUAUACGACAUCUUUUCCACCUACAAAGGUCCAUGGCAAGACUUGCUAACUGAUGGAAUUCAUUACAGUGGCGAAGGCUACAGAUUGAUGUAUAACGAAAUCAUGGAAAACAUCAAAAUCUUUUAUCCACAGCUAUAUCCUGAUAAUAUUAAAUCUAAAUUGCCUGCAUGGAAAGAUAUAAAGCUGGAUUCUUUCGACAAUUUAUGA